GCACCCAUUACUAUAGAAUCAUGAAAGGGUCUUCACUCCUGAAUCCCAUUUCUCAGAGGCUACAAGGCAAGGUCGCCUUCAUAACCGGGGGAGCCAGCGGCAUUGGCGCUGCCACCGCCAGGCUGUUCGCCAAGCACGGAGCCAAGGUCGUCAUUGCCGACGUCCAAUCCGACCUCGGACGCUCCGUCGCUCGAGAAAUCAGCUCCGAGGUCUCUGACGAUGCUGUCUCCUACGUGCAUUGCGACGUGACCAGCGACGUGGGCGUCGGCAACGCGGUGGACGCUGCGGUCGCAGCACACGGCAAGCUGGACGUAAUGUUCAGCAACGCCGGGGUGCCGGGGAAGGACAACAUCACGAUGAGCAUCUCCACACUGGAACAGCGGGUGCUGGAGCAUGUGCUGGCGGUUAACUUAAACGGCGGGUUCUACUCCGCGAAGCACGCCGCGAGGGUGAUGAUCCCUCGGAAGAGCGGCAGCAUCCUGUUCACGGCGAGCUCCGUCUGCUCGAGCUUCGGGGUGUCGUCGCACCCGUACGCGGUGGCGAAGGUGGCGGUGGUGGGGCUGAUGAAGAAUCUGUCCGUGGAGCUGGGGAAGCACGGGAUACGGGUGAACUCGGUGUCGCCGUGCGGGGUGGCGACACCGUUCGCCUUCGAGGUGACGGGGGAGAGCGAUCCGGAGGUGAUAGAGGAUUACAUCUCGGCGAGGGUUGGGCUGAAGGGCGCGAAGUUGCGGGUGGACGACGUGGCGGCGGCGGCGCUGUACCUGUCGAGCGACGAGGCGCAGUUUGUGAGCGGGUUGAACGUUUUGGUGGAUGGCGGGCACAACUUGAAGACUGCUUAGGCUGGCUGGUGUGAGGACAUUAUUAUUAGAUAAUUAUUAAAAUGUGAUGUGAGGAAAGUCGUUGAAACUUCGGGCGUUAAGAUUCCACCGACGACAUUGACUAAUUUUGUUUGAAGUGUUCUAUAUGAAUAAAUAAUGGCUUCCUUGAUAGCAACGGGUGGUGGAUGGGAACGGCUACAGUGCUAAUUGUACAAUAGUUAGCACCGUUCUAACCAAGGGAAAAACUACUACUAGUUUGAAUUAGUAGUGAUUUAGCUUAGAUGUUGUAUUGAUUUCAUAAUAAUCCGUAGUGAUUUUUGCUAGUUAUCACGGUGCUAACCCCUAUAAGGGUUAGCACCUAAUCCCAUUUCGUGGUGGAUAGAUGUUGCAUAUCCAUUAUCCAAUUUAAUGUGGUUCACGUUUUAAACAAUACUUAUAGGCAAAGGUGUUAGGUGUAAGGCGAGCGUUGAGGUCUUGUCUAGUGUUUAGCUCGCCUAGAUGAUGCGUGCGUAGGUAUUGAAAGAAAAAUAGCUAUUUGUACUGGAUGAUGAACGAAAUAUAAAUUAGAAAACACUUCCUCUCUUCAGUUAAAAUGAUUAAUAACUUAGUUAAUAUUUAACGAUAUGGAAAAUAGCUAAAAAAAUCACAAAAGCACAGCUCAAUAGCUCACAAAGUUCUUGAGCUAUUUGGCGGAGUUGAUAUUAAUUUCCUCCCUUGAUAUUGAUUGCCUAGCUCCAUCUAAUUAUGCAUAAGAGAAGGUUAGGGGUCACCUUACUCCAUUGACUUGUUCCCACUUCCCAGUACCUAAUGUUAGAAACCUAUUUGUUGGGAAGCAUGAGUAGGCCCAAACCCACAAAGAAGGAGUGAGGAAACAUGCCCAAACAGAGAAUUAGGACCACACAAUUUGGGGUAGGCACAUGACGACAAGAGAAGGAUGAGGACAAGCGGUACGGAAGGAGGAAGUUGGAGAAGAGGCCAUCUGGCGAAUGUGGUCCCCGCUGGGCGCCUCUUAUGGGACGUCCUGAAGGAGCCACGUAUAGGCGCCUGACCGUUGUACCGUACCAUGCAUUAAAUGAGGUGAUGAUGU